AUGCCUGCCCCCACGUUUGCUGCAUUAUCUUUGACUGAACUUGUUUUUAUCCGAGCUCGUGACCAGCCGAACGAUGUCGCCAUUUACACGGGCAUAGAUGAACCGGGAGAUUUGCUGCGACCCCUCACGUAUGCCUUGCGUUCCUUCGAUGUUUUACACAAGUUUUAUGAGCGAGGUUCUAGAUAUCUGGAAGUUCAACGAGGGGUGGAUCGCCUUUGUGCGCACUACGCUAACUUAGGCUUGUUACCAGCCGUCGAGGAAAAUGGCCUUCCCCCGGAGCGUACGAUCGCAGUCCUAACGUCAACUGCAAUCGAUGAAUCACUUCUUGAGAUAGCCCUCGUAAAGCUCGGGCUGGCGCCAUUAUUGUUGUCUGUCAAUAACUCUGUCCCUGCGGUUGCACAUCUUUGCAAAAUCACAAAGUCUUCCCAUCUGAUCUAUGGAUAUAAGUUUCAUGCGGAGGCGCAAGAAGCGCAGAAGAUACUGUCUCAGCAAGACUAUCAACUGGAGAUCGUUCCGGAGAGACGUUUUCCUUUGUGGGGACCCGACGGCGCUGCCAAUGCUAAGAUAGAGCCAUUUUCCGCUGUCUUGCAGCCCAUAGAUGAGACAGGAAGGACCGCUGUCAUUCUGCAUUCCUCUGGAUCAACUGGGUUCCCCAAACCUGUAUAUAUUACUCAUCUAGCAAUGAUUGCAAAUGUAGCCGGCUUUGUCGCAAAGCCCGGAUUUAGCGCUCUCCCUGUGUAUCACGGAUUUGGCCAUUAUUGCGUUUUCAGGUGUUAUUACGCUGGUGUCCCAUUCUCACUUUUCCCACCCCACUUACCGCUGACAUCGGCGAAUGUAUGCAAAGCCAUUAAGGCCGUUCCGGUGCCUUGUCCGCUCUUCUUUGCCGUGCCCUAUGUCAUCAAGCUCUUAGGAGAAACGGAAGAAGGCGUUAAGGCCCUAGCGGACUUCGAGAGUAUUACGUUCGCUGGUGCUGCACUCCCUGAUGAACUGGGAGACCGUCUCACUGCCGCUGGCGUGAACAUAAAUGCUAUUUAUGGUACGACUGAGACGGGAUCUUUAAUCAAGUCCACCCGAAAUUUUGCAAUUGACAAAGCCUGGAAUUGGCUGCGCAUGGAAGGGCCUAUCGCAGACUAUAUGGUCAUGGAAGAUCGUGGAUCGGGCACAUUUGAGUCUGUCGUCAAAGACGGAUGGCCGGCCAAGAUCCAGUCAAACCGUCCAGACGGAUCAUAUGCAACGAAGGAUCUCUUCAUCAGACAUCCGAAACAUCAUAACUGGUACAAGUAUAUUGGUCGCUUGGAUGAUACACUCGUACUAGUCUUGGGGGAGAAGACGAAUCCUGUCCCUAUUGAACUCGCUAUCCGUGGCAAUAGUCCUUACGUCGAGGAGGCGAUUGUAUUCGGGGAUGGAAGGCCCCAAGUUGGCUGCUUAAUUUUGCCUUCGGAGCUGGGCAAGGAUUUGUCAAAGGAUAGGGACGCAUUUUUAAAGAGGAUCUGGCCAAUUGUGGAAGACGCCAAUGCGCAAGCUCCAACACAUUCACGCAUUCUCCCGGAAAUGAUAUACAUCCUUGAUUAUGGAACUCCGAUACCACAAGCCACGAAGAUGUCUAUUUUACGACCUGCGUGCUAUGCGAAGUUCAAGGAUAUUAUUGAAUCCGUCUAUGAUCGUUUCGAGAACGGGACCGGUGUAAACAAACUCGACCUCUCGAGGCCAGAACUAGAGGACUUCAUUUUGAAUGCACUUACGCAAACAUUGGGACAGCUAAAAGCCACUAGGUUGACGAGGACAUCCGACCUCUUUGCUUUCGGUGUCGAUUCCCUCCAGGCAACGCGCAUUCGGAAUAUUUGCCAGAAAGAGGUAGAACUCAAUGGAGCUACACUUGGACAGAAUGUUGUUUAUGAGAACCCAUCCGUAGAAAAGUUCUCUUACCAGCAUCAUCAUCGCGGCUUGUACUAA